GCCCCGGCGACCCUGCCGCUUGGAGCCGCGCCCCCGGGAGCCGCAGUGCCCAGCCGCCCGGGGCCGGCGCGGAGCAGGCGGCGAGAGGCGGCUCCCAUGCGGCACCCGCGUGGCGGCGCGGGCGGCGGGCGCAGGUGACAGGGCGCCAUGGGGCAGGCGGGCUGCAAGGGGCUGUCCCAGUCGCUGUUCGACUACAAGACCGAGAAGUAUGUCAUCGCCAAGAACAAGAAGGUGGGCCUGCUCUACCGGCUGCUGCAGGUCUCCAUCCUGACCUACCUGGUGGUUUGGGUGUUCCUGGUGAAGAAGGGUUACCAAGAUACUGACACCUCCCUGCAGAGCAGCAUUAUCACCAAAGUCAAGGGCGUGACCUUCACCAACACAUCUGAGCUUGGGGAGCGGCUUUGGGAUGUUGCCGACUAUGUCAUCCCACCCCAGGGAGAAAACAUCUUCUUCGUAGUCACCAACUUGAUUGUGACCCCCAACCAGCGGCAGGAAACCUGUGCUGAGAGUGAAAGCAUUCCGGAUGCCUGGUGCUACACAGACAGUGACUGUCCUUCUGGGGAGCCUGUUGUGGCUGGAAAUGGAGUGAAGACUGGACGCUGCCUGCGGGUGGGGAACAUGCAAAGGGGCACCUGUGAGAUCUUCGCCUGGUGCCCAGUGGAGACAAAGUCCAGGCCAGUGAAGCCACUCCUGGGCAAGGCUGAAGACUUCACCGUUUAUAUAAAGAACUUCAUCCGUUUCCCCAAAUUCAACUUCUCCAAGACCAAUGUGCUGGACACCAAAGACAGAGCCUUCCUGAAGUCCUGUCAGUUUGGCCCCAAGAACCCCUACUGCCCCAUCUUCCGACUGGGAUCUGUGGUCAGCUGGACGGGGAGCAACUUCCAGGAGAUAGCCCUGCAGGGUGGUGUGAUAGGAAUUCAGAUUGAAUGGGACUGUGAUCUUGAUAGAGCUCCUUCUGAGUGCAACCCUCACUAUUCUUUUAGCCGUCUGGACAACAAAUUCUCAGAAAACUCAAUCUCCUCUGGGUACAACUUCAGGUUUGCCAAAUAUUACCGAGAUGGAGCUGGAGUGGAGUUCCGCACGCUGAUGAAAGCCUAUGGGAUCCGCUUUGAUGUGAUGGUGAAUGGCAAGGCAGGGAAGUUCAGCAUCAUCCCCACCAUCAUCAACAUUGGCUCUGGGGUGGCGCUCAUGGGUGCUGGAGCUUUCUUCUGUGACCUGGUACUUAUCUACUUCAUCAAGAAGAGCCAUUUUUACCGAGACAAGAAGUACGAGGAAGUGAGAAUCCUACGGGUCCCCCCGGGGCUUGCAGAGUCCUCGAAGCAGGGCGGGACCCCAGAGGCAGAGGAGGCCGAGCAGCCAGAGGUGCACCACGGAGGCAGCAGCCAGAAGGGGGAUGGCUGCGCAUGCCAGCAGAUCCUUGAGCCCGUCAGGUCUGGCCACCUGGGGAACGGAAAGGUCGAUGCGGAGCAGCUACAGAACCUGCAGACAGCGGAGGCCUAG